UCAGGCUUCAUGGAGGUUCGAAAGAGGAGUUUUGUUAGGUAUAUUAUACUAGUCAUCUCACUCCUCUUGAUUACCUCCAUUUUAUGCAAUCAGCAAGCCUUAAACUUUACGGUAAUCUGCAUGCAGGAUGUGGUAGAUUCCCAGGCAAUUGCUGAUCCAGCACAGCGACACUGGCUAAAUGAUGCGGCAAAGAAAAAUGCUCUUUUUUCCAUUGUUGCUGUUGGUACAUUGAUUGGAUUAGCGCCCAUUGUUCCAGCUAUGCAGCGAAUUGGACUCAGGAACCUUUUAACUCUUUAUGGGUUUAUGUCAGCAUUUGCCACACUUUUCCUCCCUUUGGCUGUAGAUUUUGGUCAUACACAUGUUGCUAUUGCUAGAACACUCCAGGGUUUUUCCGCUUCAAUUGUCUUUGUGUCUGUUGGAGCUAUUACUUCGCAAUGGUCUAUUCAUCGACAAUCCGGAAGAUAUCUCGCAAUGCUAUCCUCUGCGGGCCAACUGUCCUCUACUAUAACUAUGCCAGUUGCCAGUGCAUUCUGCGAAUCGUCCUUCGGCUGGAGAUACCUCUACUACGUUUUCGGGACUUUUGCGUUAUUUUUGUCAUUACUGUUCUUUAUCUUUUAUAGGGACGAUCCAAGGGAGCAUUGGCUAAUCAGUUCAAAGGAAGUAUCUGCUAUUAUGUGUGAUAAACAGGGGCAUUCCCAAAAAGAAACUGUGCCAUACAAAGAAAUACUUACGGAUCGUUGCAUGCAAGCAGUACUGCUCGCAACAUUCAGCGGCAACAUCGCCUUCUUCAUCUUCCUACAGUUUGGUCCUACUUACAUGAACAUGGCUCUUGGUUUUGAUAUCUCGGAAACAGGAUAUGCCACUGGUUUAGCUUACGCAGUAAGUAUAUUGCUGAAGUUCGUGGCUGGACCGCUUUACGAUAUAACGACAUUUAUUCCUGAGAAAUAUCGAAUGAUUAUGUUCGCAACGAUCUCUCAAGGCGUUGUAUCGUUAAGCUUUUGCAUUUUGUCUCAGACAACGAACAAACUUAUAGCACGAAUUGCAUACAGUGGUGUGAUAGCUUGCAAUGGCCUGAACAUUGUCGGCGUGGUCAAAUGUGCUCAAGUGGUGGCUAGACAAUACAUUCAUUUUGUGAUUGUUUGCAUGACUCUCAUUGGAUGUAUGAUGAGCUUUCUAUUGCCGGUACUUGUCACAAUUAUCUGCCCGAAUAAUACUGCCGAAGAAUGGUCACGCCUUUUCAUCGGUUUAAGCAUUUUUGUUAUCGCCACCAAUAUUCCGUUUUUGCUUCUCGUAGAAGACGAACCUGCCUCAUGGACGAAGAGGACUCCUACAUAUAAGGCAAACCUUACCCAAGGGUUUGGAACAGUUGAAGAUGGCAGGAACAUUCUACAUGAGCAAAAGACAGCAAUAAACUGAGGAACGAAAAAAAGUCUCCAACUUCUGAGACUUAUUUGAAUAAUUGUUCCUUCCUGAAUAAAGUAUCGG